AUGUAUGUCCUCUACCCUCUAGGUGGAUGCGAGCGCCAUCAGUUGAACGGUCUUCAUCGCAGAAUGAGGAAGAGCAGCAUCUCCGAGGGGGUCAAAGGGGGGCCUCUUGAGGGUCCCAAGAGGAAGCCUGAUGACCAGGUCGUGCUGUUCCAGAGACCUUCCAGCAACUGGGUCGUGAUGAGCGGCAAUGGCGGCUACAAACACUUUCAGUGUGGAAGAGGAGAGAAACAGAAGCGAGAGAAAAUCACUCAGCAAUUGAAGAUGAUUAUACUCACACUAUUCAUUUUGUUUCUAAAGACUUCAUGUGUAUUUUCUCGGCUUGCAGGAAAAUGUUUCGUGGACAGCCAUAUAGGAGAAUCUGUUUUUCAAUACCAAUGCACGGCAUUUUGCGAACAGGUUACUGAUGUUAAAGAGGACCUCCGAGACCUUCCGUCAAAUUUACGAAAUCUCUGCAUUGAAAUGGAUCCGUACUAUGUUGGUAUUUUGGCUCCUGGCUCAUUUUCACACUUAUCAUCUCUGGAAUACCUCAAACUUGAUGGAUGUUUUUCCAAGAUCUCCCCAAAAGCUUUUACUGGGUUGUUAAAACUAACUUCAUUAUGUUUUGUAGCCAUGAUGCAUGAAGGCUGUUGUGAAGUAUCUGUUGAUUUCAGUGGACUUCCUUCACUUCAAAACUUGUUUCUUACACAGUACAGUGUGUUAUCUAUGACACCAAAUGUUUUUGAUUCAAUUCCUCAUUUAGAAAUAUUAAACAUAGAGGACGCUUGUUUAAAAGAUAUUUCUGAGGUUCUGUGUCGACUGGGAAAUGUAAAACUACUUAAGUGGUUACAUAUCUAUGGUGAAAAUGUAAAUCAGCUUCAGUUGCUAAACUGCUCUUUUUUUAACACAUCUGACAGUCAUGUACCUACUGUUUAUAAUAUUGAAAAGAUCAGUUUGAAACUGGAAUCAGUAAAGCACAUAGACAAGGGGGCUUUGAAAGUUCUGGGAAAUUUGUGGGAACUGAGCUUUGGUUUCCGAUCAGAUUUUCUCAGAGAUCUUUCUUUGAUUGGAGUAGAUCAUAUCAAUAGCUUGCGUUUCAGUGUGCGUUCACUUAACAUUGAUGAGUUGUGUUACGCAGCAAAGCUGUAUUCUAUUAAAUAUAUAUUUGUUAUUUCUAGGACUAUACAUUUGCCAGCCACAACUAUCCCUAAAGACUGUAAUGAAGUUGUGGACCUUUGUCUUGAGACAUACAUUUCAUAUGAGACUGUAACCCCCUUAAAUGUAGAUUCAAUCUUUCAGAUUUUCAGCAACCUUUCAAGAUUUGAAGUAGGUGAAUAUGUGAUCAGUUCAAAUGAUUUCAAAUCUCUUUGUUUGUCCUUUCCACUGUCAGUCAAACAGCUCUCCGAUAUACUUUUACACUCAGUGAUAGGUAAGAUAAUAUCGCACCAAUUUAUAUGUUUUACAAAUCUUAAACGUUUGAAAUUAAGUUCAUGUCAUAUUUCCAGCAUCGAAGAUUUAGCUUUCAUUGGAUUAGACAAAUUGAAGGAUUUAAAGCUCGGUCACAACAGGUUAUCUCACAUUUAUCGAGACACAUUCAGUGGUCUAUAUGAACUGAUGUUUUUAGAUCUUCAAGGAAAUCCUUUAAUUCAAAUCGAGUCAAAUUCGUUUGGACAUCUUAUUAACCUUCAGACUCUUCUUCUGGGAGAUCUACACUUCCCACCAAACAUAUCACAGAUCAAGCUAGAUUUAUCUGAUAUAUUUGGAGGGAUCCCUUAUAAUCUGAGUAAUGUGUUUAUUAGUUCAGGCAUUAGACCAAUGCAGUUGAAGUUUGGAGACGUUACACUGAAUCAGAGUCUAGAUCUCCAAAUCAAAGGUCAAUAUGUGACAGUUGAGGACUGUCACAGUCCACUCUUGACAUCUAUAGUUAAACUUCAAAUUGAUGCUGAAUAUAUCCUCUGUGGAAAGGACUUUAUUGGGAAAUAUGUUAAAUCGGUUGUCGAGCUGGAAUUCAUAUCAUUGUUCUCAGACAAUAUUGGUGAUUUAUCAGUAAUCAAUGAGCUUGUUCAUUUAAAAUCCUUAAAGCUGGAAUACUUAGAUUUAUCUAAACAGCCAAAUGUGCAAGAAAUGUUUCAUAAUUUAACAAAACUACGAACACUGAUGCUGAUAAACUGCAGAAUUUUAUUUUUGGAUGGAAGUCUUACAAAGGACUUGAAGGCACUGACAGGUCUGGUGUUUACAACCCAGAGUUAUGUGAACAUUCUUCAAAACUUUGUUGAACAUCUUACAAGUUUAAAAAAACUUCGUCUCCUGGGACUUCGUCUUCACUGUAGUUGUGAUGAAGCUUGGUUGGUCUCAUGGGUGAAGGACAACAGGCAGGUGCAGAUUGUUAUUAUCGAGCCCACCAUGGAAGAAAUACAGUGUCAUGAUGAAAUUGAACUACUCAACUUUGUUCAUUACGUCCAGGAGAACUGCUCGUUCAAUUUAGAAUUUGUACUCUUUGCCUCAACAUCUGCUUUUUUGUAUUUGUUUAUUUUUGUCGUAUUGUCAUAUCAGUUUGCAGGGCAAUACAUAAAGCCAUUCUAUCACAUUGCCAGCGGAUGGUUCCGAGAGGCCUUACGUAAACAUGGCAAAAAGCAAUACAGGUACGAUGUUUUUGUCUCAUACAGCAGUAAAGAUGAACGCUGGGUCAUGGAAGAACUUCUUCCAAACUUGGAGCAGCGUGGCCCUCCAUUCCUCAGUCUCUGUUUGCACGGUCGGGACUUUCAGUUGGGACAAGACAUUGUGGAAAACAUCACAGACAGCAUCUAUGCAAGUCGCCGAACUCUUUGUCUUGUCAGUCGUAACUACAUCCGUAGCAGCUGGUGUUCUUUGGAGAUGCGUCUGGGCACCUACAGACUCCAGGUUGAACAGAAAGACAUUCUUAUCCUGGUCUUCCUAGAAAAUAUUCCAUCUCGCCUGCUAUCCUCUCAUCAUAGGUUGGCCCGACUGGUAAAAACGAGGACUUAUCUAGACUGGCCACUGGACCCUGAGAUGCACGAGGCAUUCUGGGAAAGGUUGUGGAGUAAACUGAGCUCUGAUAAAAGUAACUAGACAAGAUUUUACAAAAAAAUAUAUUACUUGAUGCCUACUGUUUCAUACCGUUACAAAAUGACUUUCUAUAUUUGAGGACUA